AUGACUAAAGGUCUAUCUACUUCAACAGCUAGUGGCAAUGCCAAUGUACAUUCAACCAAUAAACAAGACUUAAUUCGUCAAUUAUGGCUGACAGCAGAUUGUGUUUGUUUUGAUGUUGAUUCAACUGUAUGUGUAGAAGAAGCUAUUGAUGAAUUAGCAAAAUUUCAGCAAGUUGGUGCAUUAGUUGAAGCUAUAACAAGAAAUGCAAUGGGUGGUAAUAUGAGUUUUCGUACAGCUUUACAAGCGCGUCUUAACCUUAUUCAACCAACACGUCCACGUUUAGAACAAUUUCUUGUAAGUCAUCCAUCUCAAUUAACCGACGGUAUUGCGGAACUUAUUGAUUUAUUACAUGAAAGAAACGUUCCCGUUUAUUUAAUAACAGGUGGUUUUCAUUAUAUAGUUGACCCUGUUGCUAAAAACUUAAAUAUUCCAUUAAAAAAUGUUUUUGCCAAUCGACUAUUAUUCAAUGAUGAUGGUACCUAUGCCGGUUUCGAUGAAGAUGAAAUGACAUCGGAUUCUGGUGGUAAAGGACGUGCUGUUGAAUAUCUUAAAAAUCAAUAUGGUUAUCAACGUUUAAUUAUGAUUGGUGAUGGUGCUACUGAUAUGGAAGCCGAUGCCAAUGGUUUUAUUGGGUUUGGUGGAAAUAUUGUACGAGAAAAGGUGCGUGAUGCUGCACCAUGGUUUGUUAAUUCAUUUUAUACACUUAUUGACGAACUUCGAAACAAUACUAUAGCAAAUGUUGCAUAUCAUCAACGAUUGGCUACAAGAAAAUAUUCGACAGAAAUCGAAGCUAAUUAA